GUCCGGCCCCAACAGCAGCCGCCAACAGCUUGCAAUGGUGCAUAUCUUCUGAGAAGAACAGACACACCACCACCACCUCCUGCAUCUUUUUUUUUAAUUUCCAUUUAUAAUGUUGUUGAUUUUAAUUAAAACUACCUCAUAGACUGCCUAAAGCUGGUGCUUUACGAUAUUUAAAAAAAUCUUGUGGUUUCUUGCGGUGUUGUUUACAAAAUAAUUGCUGACAUUAAAGGCAAGGCCUUUGCACUGAAGCCAAGUGAAGAACCUCAUGAUUGCACUAUACAUAACUCGACUCAGCUAAGCUUUCACUAGGAAGGAAGGGGUUCCUGCCCUUCGGAAGGACUCGUCCACCCAGACAGGACUCUCAAGCGUCACUCUCCCACCCGGCACCCACCAGCAACGUCCAUCUCCGUGCUCUGAGGCAGGCACUCGACGCUGGGUUUUUCUUCUCUCUUCCCAUCAAAGCUCACCUUGGAAACUAUUCCCCAGCCAUGUUCCAACGCCUCACCAGCCUCUUCUUCAGUGACAGCAGCACACCUGAGGGCCUGGAGGAACCCAAACCCUUUGUCUCUGAGGAGGAGGAAGAGGAUGGAUGGCUCAUUAUUGACCUUCCAGCUAGUUACACUUCAGCCCCAAGCGAAGAGCAGCGGGUAGAAGGCCCCGGCCCCGUCAGGUUGGAGAGCAGCCCCAUGGAGGACCUCUUGAUCGAACACCCCAGCAUGUCCGUCUACGUCACCAGCAACAGCAUUGUGGUGGAAAGGGAGAGCCCUGACGAACCAAUCAGUGAAGGGGACGUGCCUGAACCCCGGCUGGAGCGCCGCACCCCGCACCACCCCACCUCUCUCACGGCAAAAGCUGCCAUCUUGGAGAAGGUCAGCCAGGUCCGUCGGAUCCAGCGGGCAAAGCAGCUGGUGGAGAAGCACAAGCUCAGUCAGAAGGUCAUGCAGCGGCAGAACCGCGCCAGAGAGCGCCACCCCCGGCGGGCCAAACACCAGGGCAGCUUUGUCUACCAACCAUGCCAGCGCCAGUACAACUACUAAACUACUUCAGGAAGUCUGCACCGCGGGGCAUUACCCUUUUAACUCUCAAGCUUCACGUCCCAUCUUGCGAUGCUUUCUCCAGCAGAGGUGUCUUCAUCCUUUCUCUGGAAUAAACCUAUCCCCAUGAGAGACGCUUUUCAAUUUCUUCUGAACUGGUGAUGCUCCACAGCAGAUCCUUGCUGGGCUCUCCUUCGCUUUCACUCCCCUUUUUACACUAGCGUAUACAUUUACUUACCUAUGAUUUUCUUCCUUCUCCACUUCGAUACCUUGCACCCCCCUCCCCACCACUGCAGCUUUUGCUCUGGCGCUGAGCAGGAGAGAAAGCCGGCACAUCACCCCCACGUAACCUAAUGACGCUGGCUGGGGGACAGCUUUUAAAUGUCAAGAAAUGAUUUAAAAGAAUCAGUGCUAAAGUGUCUGGAAAAACUUGUGUCCAACCAGUUACCCUCGGGAAAAUGAGUCCUGAUGGGAGGUAUUUCCCCAGCUCCCCGACUCCCUCCCCAAUACUUGAGUAAGUUCUUCCAGCUGCUCUUACAACGGUUACCAGUAUUUGAAUUUGAGUUUGGUGUUCCCAGUGAAUGCUCUACUUUUCACUAAGCUUAACACCAAUGUUACGCUGAAUUUAUAGGAGCGUGAAGACGCCCCGUCAUUUCCUUUGUCCCUUGCCGUUGUAUUGGGAGCCUGUGACAUCAGUGCCUUUCUUUAUGAUAUCACACUCUUCUCCGUGGAACAGAUUGUGAUGUCACAAAUGGAGAUACCAGGUUCAAAUGCAAACUGGAACAAAAUAACAACAAAAUUGGCCCAAAUUCCAGGAAAAUGUAACAAUUUAUGUGGAAUAAAGACCAUUCCCCCCAUCCCCCUUUAAAAACUGGAUUGUAUAUUAGAUCCUCUCUGAAUUAACUUGGGAGCUGGGAUUGUGGUGUCACUGAUGAUCCUUACUUGCAUGCUUUUAUUAUCUAGCUGUCUGUUCAGAGGUGCCAUGCUGGAGUAAAGGGAACCCUGCUUGAGCAUCUCCUAAUAAGUAUUUAAGGCCUGAUUUUCAGAAGUGUUGAGCACCGACAACUCCAACUGAAAUCCGUGGGAGCUGCAGCUACUGAGUGCUUCUGGAAAUCAAGCCUGUGCAGUAUUACUGUAGCCCUUAAUCCCCCACAGCCUUUUAAAAAGAGUGCAAAGUCCAUUUUAUUAUUCCGGUGCUUUCAGGUUACAGUUGGGUGUCUUACAAUAUGUUUGGCCCACCCACUCCAAACGGCUUUGCUUAAGGGACAAGUGUCAAAGCUCUAAGCAGAUUAUUGCAUGUGGAACACAGAGUAGAGAUCAGGUGGUCUUUAGAAAGGCUGAACAAAUCUGCCUCGUGAAAUGGUCAGGAACAUUCACCAGCUUAGGCAAAAAACAACAAGAAACAAACCCCGCAAUGACUUACUUGCAUUUUACAACGACGAAGCCCUUAAAAAGCCCUCAUCCAUUCGAAUAAAGAAUUCUCAUUCCAGGCAACAGGCUGGGCAGAAGUCUGUGGGGGUGGAUUAUCUGAUUGGUUGUAAACACCAUAUUAGAUCUUCAGAGCCAAUGGUUGAGCAAUGAACGAGGAGGCCUACCCCCUAGACUGGGUUGUCAUUUCCUCGGUCUGUCCAAAUCACUGGAUUUCUGGCAAAAGGCUCUCCCUGGUCUCCGCUGGUUUUGGUGCCCCGGGGAAGCCAGUGAUCUGUACAUGUCCAAACAGGUCUUGGUGUUUUCUAUUUUCAGUCAAAAUCUGGGCCCUCGGAAAACAAACCCGCAAAGCAGCAUUGUGUAAAUCCCACUACCUCCAAGGAGCUGUUAGAGGAGCCACUCCCAGCGGACAGGUCUAGCCUCAGCGGAUGAUACUUCUUGAGCAUGAUCCUAAAGCUAGUGGUUGGACAUAACCCAUCACUCAAACCCCCAGGAGUGACAAUUCUCCUUCACGCUGGUAUAACAGCCUGUGGUUUGCUGCCCCAUCUAGGGUUUGGGAGGACAGCGCAGAAAGGGGCUUGUGCAAUAGUCACAGAGGUGGUAAAGUAUGUCGAAGCUGGUAGCGAAAGGAUGUGAAACAAGAGAGGAAGCGAGAGAGAUUGGGGACAAAAGAAAGGCAGGAGGAGAGAGGGCAAGACAAGAAACAAGGAUGGAAACUGGAGCAGUUGAGAGGGUACAAGCCCAAGGCCAAGAACUGCAUAGCGCAGAACUUGUGCCUACGUGGAUGGAAAAAGAUACAAGUCCCCCAAGAAGAGGUAUAUAUGGCAGCUCCCCUAUUCCACUGUUACAGGCAGACCUAACGCUCGCUAGUCUGAUAGUCCCUACAGGACUAUAGGGAGUUUCCAAUGGGAAAUAAAGUUCCAGGCGUUCAGCCCAGUUGAGGAAUUUCUUCUCUGUAGUCAGAAUGGGCUAAUAGAUAACCCACGGUUAACUGCACUAAAGAUUGUGCCCUGUGUCAUGAAUAGCCAUAUUCAUCCCUGGUGGUUUUAAUGCUGCUACGCCAGAGCUGGGUUUGGCCCAACAUGUUUAUCCUUAAAAGGCCACUGUCAAGAUAAAAAAAAAUCAUACGUUAAUAAUACGCGAUUAGUAAAACCGCAAAGCUGUCUGAAAAUCACUUUCCUCCAUUAAUGCUCUUUAUUUACUGCUUGCACUUCACUCCCCGGGGGAACGAAACUGGACUGUCCACAGGCAGGCUCGCGUUCCCAUUUGCACAAUGCUGUUGAGUUUGAGUUUCCACCAUGCAAGGCCAUGUUGAGCUACAAAAAAUAAACCACUUUCACUGGAAUUUCUUCUAUAAACCAUUAUUCAGACCUUUACCUUCAUAGUAGGUUUUGUGAAAUUGUGUUUUUAAAAAUAAUUGUAAACAGUGGGCCUCCACCAUGUGAGCGCCGCUUUUAAAAUGUCUAAUAAUUGAGCUCUUGAGACUUUUGAGAGGAAAUAAACUUACAAUUAGCAGCCUCCAGGAAUGGAGGCUAACAGAUCUGGUUAGCCCGGAGAAUGGCUAAUAUAAUUUUGCCUGCAGGAUCUAGCUAAAAUGCAGGUGCCAUGGGAGCCUCUAAAAAUACAGAGGCAAAUGGGAUUAUUUUAAAUAUAUUUUAUAUUUGUUGUUCUUCAGUGUAAUCAACCAUUGUUUGAAACAGCCCUACUGCCUCUAUAACUCUCCCAGUUUGGCUUUUGUAAAGUUCUGCACAAGACCAUUAUUAGUGUCUCCAAACUCAAAGCCCUGCUGCCCUCAUGACACUACUGAACAGAAAGUUCUCACACAGCAUGGAAAUAAAUUCUAACCCGCCUAGAGAAUUAAGAGCAGUGCCUGGCAAAGAUUAAAAAACAGUAACAUCAUCCUGUACUAAUGGAAAGGAUGCUUCAGGCAGCUAUUUCUGAUUGAAUCAUUGGUGACUCUAGUAACUAGAGAUAACUCCCAACCAAUAUGCUGGACCUGAACUCCUCCCCCACCCCCAGCACACACAAACCUUGUUGACGUUCCAGCUGGCUCUGAGCUCUGUAGCUUGGGCCCAUCUCUAAUAGGAACCUGAUUUUUAGAACCUGAUCCCUCCUUUCAUUGAAGUCAAGGGCAAAAUUCCCAUAUUGCUAGGAUCAGCUGUUUGUUCCUCUUUGCUUUUGCACCCUUGUCAGCAUCUGGAGAAGCAGCCGAGCUCAUGUGCACAGAUCUCUUGGCAAGACGGUUUAACAGCAGUUAAGAGAAAGAGAGAGAACUUGAAAAGCCAGUGUUAUUUCCCAUGGUCUGGAUGAGCCCCACCCCUGUCUGUUGUUUGAUACCAGCUCCACAUUGUCUCCACGUGUUGGAGCAGGCAGUGGUGUGAUAGAACUUCAUCUGCUCACUGCUGAAGGUCCCACCAGGAGCGUGUUAAAGAUGGCAACACGUCUAUUAUUUCAUUUGCAGCCGACUCCUUACUGGAGACUGGCAGUGUCUUGACUUGAUGGGACAUUUACAGCCGUUCACAUCCUUGGUUUUCUAUUAAAUGCCUUUUUCUCAAGUGAGCCCUGAUGCAAGUUGGGACUGGUGCAUUUUACAUGAACGCCGACUCAAGUUCCUGCAGAGGUGAGGAGGAGCUAUUUCCUAAACUCGUCAAUGUCCAUGUCAGAGUUCAGAAUUUUUUAAGCAGCAGCAUAGGAACAGGGUUAAAUUUUGGAUGCUCAUCAAGUCUCCUCCCCCCUGCAUCCCCGGUUCAGUUCUCCUUUCCAUAGGCUGUUUGGUCAAUGUGUUCUGCAGCAUUACGCUGUUUCAUGCACAUAAGGUGGCUUUAGAGGGAGAUUUCCUUGCUGGAGCAGACACCAAUAAAGAGCUGUAUGAGGUCAGUAAUUUUCUGCCUCCCGGCCAGCUCCCACCUGUUACUGUUACACAGUUCUACACCUCCACUUACGACAUGCCUCAGGCACCCUGCAAAUGACAGUGUUGUCACAAAUUUAACAUGAUGAUGUCACCCGUGCCCAGAGCCCAAAGCCCCCAUAACACUUGUGAUAUUUGGAGCUGACCAUUGUGUCUUGCAGAUCAAACAGGUGCCGAAUGGCUGCGAGAGAGAGAGAGAGAGAGCGAGCAAAGCUUCCUAGAAACACAAAUUGCUUUGGGGAAUGCUACUCACCUUGUACACCUUACAAUGCCUGUGUCUGCUAAGCUGCUCAGAAGCAUUUCUCCCAGUAAGAGAAGUCCCUCUUUAAAAGCCUCCCAGCCUCGCUAAUUGUCCAGGACGGUGAGAAGCAAAAACUACUCAAUUAGGACUUGAUCCAGCAGCAAUUGAAGUCAAUGGCAAAGCUCUAGUCGCCCUCAGUAGUGCCGGCCAGGGCCCUUAAGUGCUGUUAAAACAGAGGCACUGAGUCCAAUAGCCCAACUGCCCGUUUCAGUGGUGGUUCAUUUCUAAUAUUUAAAGUUUUAUUUUUUUUUAGAAGGAGAAUGCAAGGAACUUUGCUUGGAUGUCAUCGUUCUGCACAACUGCAUCAUGUUAUCCCUAGUCAGCAGGGGAAACCAAGCAAAACUACCAUCCCACUUUAUAUCAAGAGUUUAGAAAGGGUUAAUCAAUGAUUAAUAAUGUUUUACUGAAAGGUCAAAUCAUUGUUAGACAGGUCACUAGGUUACUAUUACCAUGGCUUACAAGCAUCUAAAACACAGACUGUCCUCACCGUAAUCAUUUAUUAACCCUUUAUAAGCUGAUUAGAAAUGCACCUGCUAUCAAGUGUGACCAAACAGCUAAUGCUGUGACAGAGGUGUGUUCACACUGUGCAUGGAGGCGAUCACUAGAAGUACUGGUCUGCUACCAAAUUUCCUGUCCUAGUUCUUUAACG